AAAAACAGCUAAUAUCCUCCUAAAUAUCCUAAAAAGUUACCUGCGAAAUGAUUGGGAACCUUUGUGUACCAAAAACAAAAGUGACAUAUACUUUACCAGUGAUCAAUAUAAUUUUUGAUCAUUAUUCAGGUUUUAAUGCAAAUAGGAAGUCAAAUUUUGUGCCCUUUCGUUGCACUAGUGAAUUGGUCGCUAUAGGCAGGUUAAACUAAAAUUGGAAGGUGCAUUUUGAAGUGGUCGUCAUUUAGCAGAUGAUCAAUAACAGAGAGAUGACUGAUACUCAGGUUUUACUUUAUAUGCAAUAUAUUAAACUGUGUCACAAUUCACCUAUGAGGGUUAGAAUUUUACUAGUUUUUACUGGCCUAAAAUAUCUAUGACUUUUCCCCUGUAAAAUUUAAUUUGCAAGUAAGCCUUCAGCCUCACACAGAGUGUUAAGAGACCAUCAAAAAUCAAUUUUCAUGUUAUGAAAAUGAAUUCCUGCAAUUACUUAGCUUCAAAUUUCAUCAAUUAUAAAUGUUUGUUCUUGUUUGUAUAGAAUGCAGCAUCACAGAUAUCGACCAUAGUAUGAGUAAACUUUAACCUUUCUCCCCAUCCCCAAUAUUUUUUUAUCUUUAUCAAUUUAAGGGACCAUCCGCUAUUUAUACAACAUUAAAUAUGUGAAGGUUAAAACAGCUGUACAUGGUGAACAAAAUAAGUUAAAACAGGGAGUGCAUCCAGUACAUAAUACACAGGGUGAGUGAUCGAGGUCGCACUACAGCGCACAGUUGAUAUAAGUUUUUAUGUGUACACAUACACACAUUCAUCUAUAAUUUCGUUUUUUUACAUUUUCAUGUUUUGAAAUCAUCAAAAUCGUUGCAGUAGGACACUGCAAUAAUAAUUUUUAGUUUUUUGUUUGGUUUUGUAUUUUUAGGUUAUACAGUGCACAUAAUCUCUUAUACCCCUCCCAACUGAAUGUUUAAAAUUCCUCUUUUAAUUCAUUUAUUUAAAAACCAAUAUUAGGUUUCAUAUUUCUCUUCAAGUCUUAGGUACUUGAAAACAGUACAGUAAUAGAUAUGAAUGACAAAAAAUCAACAAUUCCUUUACCACCUCAUUUAUCCAAAAAUUAUCAAGAUUUGUUGGCACAUAAAAAUGAUCCAAAAGAAGCAAUAGAUUUCAAUAGGGAUGUAAAACCACCUAUGCAGCACAGGCCUUACUAUGAAAGACGAAGUCGUGAAAAUAAAUAUUAUGGUUCAGAAAGAGGUACGUUGAAUUACAUGAAUAAUGUUGGACCACUGGUGCAGCAAAUACCUCGCAAUGCAGGACAAGAUUACAGGGAUGAUGAAUAUUUUCCUUCAGAAAACAUUCCAUUUAAUGAAAGAUAUACUUUUGACAGUCACGGGGAAUAUGCUCCAGCUUUGAAAAAAUUUAGGAUGGGUGAUGUAGAACAGCAAGGAAGUUACCACAGUUUUCAUUCCAAUGAAUGGGAACAAACACGUAAUGAAUCUUUAACAUCCGAUCCAAUUAUGCUACAAAAACAAGAGCAGAUCUUAAAGCUCCUGAAUCAACUUCCUCGACCGGUUUCUACUAAAGAAAUUAUCCAGAACUGUGGCCACCAUUUUAAGUUGCCAUUGCAACCACUUUUGUACGACAUGAACGAUCGAGGGUUGAUUGUAAAAGCAUAUGGUUACGGUCCUCAAGCGUGGAAAGUUAAUCCGCAUCCUCAACAGACCAGUCAGAAUUCAAACUCUUGUGGAGGUCAAUAUGAAGGUAGGAGUAGGGAUCAGUUUAGAUCGAAAUUUGGAUCAACAGAGAGUAUAACUUUCCCAGUUUCUUCUCCCAUAUCGUCCACUACAUGUGAUCAGAAGAACACGAGAUGUGACAACACUUCUCCUCGACCUCCGAGUUCUUAUAAGGGGCCACCAUUACCACCCCACAAAUUGGUUUCUGGCAAUUCCACAGGCGUCAAUCAGAAAGCUUCAUGUUCCUCUUUUAUCCCAAGAUAUAAUCCGCACCCUCAGCCAGCAGGUAUGAUGCCUGGUUGGAAACCAGAGCUGACACAUAGUCUACCAAACCCUGCUUUAGUUCCACCGCCGUCAAAAUCGCUGACCCUGUCAUCAAAAAUACUUUCCCACGAAACUUUUAAUGCCUUGAAUAAGAACCCAGUUAGUUCAUUGAACGAACUUGCACAAAAGAACGGGUUAGAAGUCGCAUUCGAAGUUCUUAACGAAGGUAGAGGGCACAAAAAUAAGUUUACUGUUGCAGCAAAAAUUGGAGAUCAGUUGUACGAUGCUGUGGCAGCUUCUAAUAUGAAAGAUGCAAGAAGGGAUGCGGCGGACGCAGCAUUACGUGCUAUACUUGGCAAAAGUGCUUUCAAAAGUAAGUCGGGCAUGGGUGAAAAUGUGAUUGAUGACAUUCUUAAUCCACCUUCGAACGGCUUAUCACACUUCGAUAACAUCGCAACAUUAAGUCACCACGCGUUUCUGUUAUUAUCUACUAUGAUUCAAGAGAACUUUGCCGGACGUAAAGUUAUAGCUAGUAUGAUUCAGCAGAAUGGUUAUGAAGACAGCGGGCGUGUGGUUGCGAUGGGUACCGGAAAUCGUUGCAUUACAGGACAACGUUUAAGCUUGGAAGGAAAAGCGGUAAACGAUUCCCACGCUGAAGUGGUCUGUCGUCGAGCGUUUCUAAGAUAUUUAUACUGUCAACUUGAAUCUUUAUAUGAAGGUGGAGAAUCCAUUUUUGAGACAGGUGGUAUGAAUGACCAUGCAAAACUGAAAGAUGGUGUUACUUUUCAUUUAUACAUAAGUACAGCUCCUUGUGGAGACGGUGCGCUGUUUACACCACGACAAGUUAACUCGUCAGGAAACCUGUCAAAAGAACAUACACCUACAUACACAUCAAAGCCUCAUGGUAUUUUACGAACUAAAAUUGAAGACGGCGAAGGGACUAUUCCUAUUGAUUCCAACGACGGUGAACAAACAUUUGACGGUAUAUUACGUGGUCAAAGACUCCGCACGAUGUCUUGUAGUGAUAAAGUUUGUAGGUGGAACGUGUUAGGACUACAAGGUGCCUUACUCAGCCAUUUAAUUGAACCCAUAUAUUUAGAAUCAUUAACGCUAGGUUAUCUUUAUGACCACGGCCAUCUCUGUAGGGCCGUUUGUUGUCGUUUGGACAAAAAUGGCAGCAUUGAUGAAGACUUGCCAAUGCCUUAUUUUUUAAACCAUCCGUGGAUUGGACGGGUUACGACGUAUGAAGCAUCACGGGAAACGGAAAAAACUAAUAACAUCAGCAUAAACUGGUGCUGUUCGGACCUUAGUCCGGAGGUAACAGAUGGCCGCACCGGAGCGUGCUUAACUCGUACAGAGAAUGCUCCAACGCCUUCUCGGUUGUGCAAACUGGAACUGUACAAAAGAUUUCGGGAGGUAAUUUCUAAAAAUGAACGGUGCGCAUUUUUACUGAAGCUAGACACUUAUAGGGAAGCGAAAGAACAGGCUUCCGAUUAUCAAACUGCUAAGAAAUGCAUGAUUAGGAAAUUUCGCGCUCAAAAGUUUGGCAUAUGGGUACGUAAACCUGCUGAGCAAGAAAUGUUUUCAUGCUAGGUUUUAUAAUUGCAUGCAUUUUUGUAUCUACCUUGCUUUAACAACACACGAUUUAUGUGUUCGCAUUCAUCAACAAAAUUUGCACAAAUUUCGCAUUUGCGCUUUUCACCGCGUAAAAAUUAAAUGGUGUGAUAAUCCUGAACAGUAAGUUAGGCAAAAAAAUUAUUUCCGAAAACAGUCGGUUUUCUUAAGAAAAAAGUGAACUGGAAAGCAUUAAUAUCCGCGAUCCCAAACCAACUACGUAUGUGCAAUAAAUAAUCUUUUCGUUUCAAUUUUUUCCAUAUCUCGCAAGUCAGCUUUUAAAUAUACCUUGUGUUUUUAAAACGUAUUUCGUAUCAGAAAAAAGGUAAAGCUAAUCAAUCGCGACUCCGUUAGGAAAUGUACAAGAUAAAAAAAAUUUGACGAAGUUUGCUUUAAGGAGAGAGAGAAAUUCUGUGAAUUCUGUGGGCAAUGAUGUAUCUUCUUUCCUUAAGCCGGAUAUUCUAAUAAAUCAAAUAAAGUAACCGAAAUUUUUAAAUAGCUAUUUGUUUUUAAAGGUUGUAAAUACUUAUGUUAUAUUAAAAAAAUUAUGCGUAAUGUAAAUUUUAGUUUACUUACAAUUGUAUGACUGGACCAUAUAUGCCUUAAUCACAUAAAUUUGCGCAUGGAUUAAGUUUCUUAGAUGGCCGAAAUCUUCCAUUUAUACAAAAAGACAAAAUAAAGUUUUCCACUGGUAGAUGAAGUUACAAGACAAGGUGAAGUUCUGUACCGGCACAAAGAAGGUAGCAGAUAAGGUAUGGUUCUCUGCUUGCGCGAAGAAGGUACAGUACAUAGUAAAGUUUUCUACUGGGCGAAGAAGGCAAAUUUUUUUACUUAAAGCAGGUGCAAAGACAAGGUAAAGUCUUCAACUUUCACGAAGAAGUGACCAGGCAAGGUAAAGUUAUCUACUUGUGUGAUUAUUUGAUACAAAUGUAUUGUUUUCUUAAAGACGUCAGACAAGAAACAGUGUGCGGUGGAAUUGGAUUAAAAUAUGGCAUUGCAAAGCAAACCCUCUGCUAUUAAAUUAAGGAUAAAUCAAGAUUUUUGCAAUUGGUUGAGGUCACUAAAACUUCUGGCUCACAUCAGAGGUUUAGACAAUUUUCUUUUACGGUGAUGUGAAUGAAACCUGUUCUAAAUGGCUUGUAUCUGCCUGGCGUAUGAAUAUUGUAAUUUCCAAAACUUUCUUGACACAAGGUUGCUUUAUUUUGCAAAACAAUUUGGCUUUGAUAGUGUUCAAGCAUCAAAUGAAAGGAUGAAUGGAGGAAGCAAAGAGAAAACAAUAUCAGGUAUAGAACAUGGAAAUUUGUUUUCUGAUGAACAACAAUAGACAUAGAACUCUUAGGUCUUUACCAUCAUCAAUAUUGACUGCUUUACCGUCUAUAACUUCUACAUUACAGCUCUUAUUGUCAUCUGUAUUCAAAAAUUAAGAUGAAUUUUUGAAAACCUUCAUGUUUUCCGUUUUGACAGGUGCUCAACAACAUUGUUUUUAUUACUGCAUCUGCAAAUUUGUCAAUUUGUUUUUUUUAGCUCGUUUUUUGUUUGCAAAAGUUCUUUUUUUUCUUUUUGUUGCCAGUUUCUUUUAUCUUCAUGGGAAGACAUUACAAUUGGUUGUAUUUAAUGUUCUUUUUCUCUCACCAUGGAAAUUAGAAUGUCGAUAUCAUUGCCAAGUCUCUUCCACUUUUGUUUUGCCUUGUUGACAUGAGAGAUGACGUCGAAAAAUACCCUGGUAUCGUUGACCGGGUUUUGUAAUGUGAUUGGCUUUUACAUUUUCGCUUAUUUAUUACGACUUUUUUCUUAAUCAGCACUUUUUCAGGUCAAGAUUAAAAUGGCGCAUUGAGCAGUGGUUUUGUAUUUCGUAAACAACAAAACUUUAUUACAAAGCUAGUUAAAUUUAUAAAGACCGUUUGGUUUUACUUUUUUAGAUUUAUUGAAUUAUCACUGAUUAUUUCAUGAGGUCGCAUUGUACUAUAGGAAAGAAGAUAGCGGCAUAAUAAAGUCGGGUACUGACAUAAGAAAAACAAGUGCAUGUAGCUAGCUAGCUAACAAUGUUUUUAAUAUGUUUGGCACGUAGUUGGUGAUCAAAAGCCUUAUGUAGAUGUAUUGAUGACAGCUAGCUUCAUAUAUUUUAGCUUGAUAUUUUCUUUACAUUUACCUUUUAGCUAGCUAGCUUAACUUUGUCAUAGCAAAAUUUGCAGGGAGGAUAAGAAACUUUGUUUCUUUAUUUCUUAAUAAAAUUUCUUCCAGAGACUUGCAAUAUUUGUAUCAAUUCAGAUUUACGAAAAUAAAUCCGAAAAAUACGUGUCUUUAUUGAGACCCUAUUUGCAAAAUCAAAUAUUAACUUAAAAUUGAUGAAUUUAUUUAAGAAAAGAGAAUGUAAUUAUUAAACUAAGGGAAGUGAAGGGGGUCUAGUGUCUCUAACAAAUCCCUGAAUUUCACAACCGUAUACAUGCAGGGGCAGGUAACACAAUUUUACAACACGAUUAUGGAAGAUUUUUUUAUUGUCCAUCUGUGAUUUAGUACGUUCAAGAAAUUAGAAGAUAUGAAACUGGGUUCACCAAUCAAACAUGGCACAAAUUUUUAUUUUGACCCUAACAUAGCACGUAGACUCUGACAUUUUUUAAUUAUGAACAUUGCUCUUCUUAAUGUUUUUUGUACAUGUAUUUUUGUCUGACAAAAUUGAUAUAACUGUCAAAAAUCGUUUAUCGUUUUCCCGUGUUAAAACAGGAACUCAAAAACUAUGGUAAUAGUGAGAAUAUUUUUGUACCUCAAUAUUUUUCUUCAAACCAGCCUAUAAACAUGUCAUACCAAGUUUCAAGUCUAUUUUAUUUUCAGCAAAAACUACGGUUUUGAAAGAGAAGUAUUUUUUAUAGCCCACUUUGUUGGACACUUUUAGCUUUAUCUCAUGAAUUAUAUACAUAGAUUCGUACUUGUUAAAGUAUCCAAAUUAACAAGGUAUAUAUCUUAAGCUGGCUAAAUUUGCAUAAAAAUAGUUCUCACAAAAAUUUAAAAGUGCUUUUUUCCAUAAACUGGAUUUAAAAUCUAAACAAUAAACUGUCUAACUUCACCAAGCAAAGGUUCUAUUCAGUACUAGCUAGGUCAGCUAUAUCAAUGUAUUAUUAAACAGCACGGUUUCUUUUCCAACAUUUAAAGGCGUUUAUUGUAGUUACCAAGAUAAUUUUUCCUGUAUUUUUUACUCGUGAGACAAUACAAUUGUCAGUACGUUUUCUCUUGCUGGAACAUAAAUUUUCUAACCGCUAAAGUCCCGCCAUUUUUUAAUCGCAUAAAUUAACGUAUUCCUUAUGACGCGUUCGCAUAAUCUGGCCAUAUAUUGGCCAAAAAUCACUCAACAAUACCAGGGUAUUUUUUGACAUCAUCUCUCAUGUCAAAAAAAUCCAUUGUUGUGUUUUUAUUUCCCCUCGAAUACAACCAUUUGUCUACUUCAUGCAUUUAAUUGUUCUUGUGUAUUUGAUGUUGGUAGUUUUUCUACGGAAAACGAACAUGUUAUGAUCCGCCAUUGAUUCGGCUAAUACGUUGAUAGAAUCAGGUGAUUCGAACCAAUGAAAUCAAUCAGUGUUGAUGCUGUUUCCCUAAUCCGUGUGGAUUAGUUUACCAAUUGCUUUAACCCAAAUGUAUUAAUAAUUGAUUUUGUGUAUUUAAAAAUAUGUGCCGAAGCGUUGUCGUGGCGACCACUUUUACGAGUUA